CUCGACCUUGCUUAGAGCUCUCCAUUUGUUGCAAAGUUCCUCUCCAAACAAAGACUCCAAAAUGGCUGACUACGAUGAGGAAGAAGUUGUGCGCGGUGUGACGGUCCGUGACGUGAAGCCCGCUGAAUUCAUCAAGGCUUACGCGGAGCACCUGAAGCGUUCGGGUAAGAUCGAGCUGCCCGCCUGGUGGGACGUGGUCAAGACGGCCUCGUUCAAGGAGUACUCGCCCGCCGAUCCGGACUGGUACUACAUCCGUGCCGCCUCGAUUGCGCGCAAGGUGUACCUGCGCCAGUACACUGGUGUUGGCUCGCUCAAGAAGGUGUACGGUGGCGCUGCCCGCAAGGGUGUGCACCGUCAGCACUUCCAGAAGGCUUCGGGCGGUCUCAUCCGCCACAUCCUGCAGCAGUUGGAGGAGAUGAAGGUCGUGGAGAAGUGCCCCGAGGGUGUUAACAAGGGUGGCCGUAAGAUCACCAGCCACGGCCAGCAGGACCUGGACCGCAUUGCUGGCCAGGUUGUGCGCGCUUAAGUUUGGCGGCUUUUUACAGCCGCCACUUAAUCGGAUCAAUGAACCAGAGAGCUAUUUUGCAAUAAAGCUAGUUUCAACGCGCUCUGCCGCGUGGACUUUCAAACACUUUUUUU